AAUGCCUAUGCACCCUGACCCCUGGUACUUUUCCUCUGUCGACAAAGCUCGAAAGCCGCUUUCCAGUUCACAAAACAAAGCCGCUGGGAUCCAGAACCCAGUCCAACUGUCCCACGUUCUAUUUCUGUCCUCAAAUCAAAUUAAUACUACUACAUCUCUCUUCAUGAUCUUUUCUUCCUAAAUAAAUAAAACUUAAAACUCUUUGUUUAUAACACCUUUCUUUCGCUUUCAAUCUUCUCUUCUUUUCUUGCAAUCCCAACUUCCUUCAUAUCUAUUUUCUUCUCUUUACGAGCUUCUCCCAUUUCAGAAACUAAUUCCCAAAUUAAAUUGUGUAGAUGUUAAUCUGCUAUCAUAUAGCUUUCUCUAGAUCCGGCAGUUUGGGGUCACCUCCAUAUUCUCUCUGUUUUUCCACUUGGGGAAUAUAAUCAACCUCAACCGAUCUUAUUCCUUGACAAGUUUCAAUUUCUUAGAUUCCCACUUCACUUUUACCAGAAAAAUAAAACGCAAUCAAAGAUACGUUUUUCUUUGUUCCUCCGUUUUCAGCUACUAACAGAACUACCCAAUAAGAUUUGGUCCAGAAUUAGUAGAUUUUAUUAUUCGAGACAAUAACGAGCCAGAGUGAUAAAAUCCUUUCUAUAUCAAUCUUUAUUUUUACUUGAUCUAAUUACGUUUUCUACUUUCCUGUUUUAUUUCCAUCUUUGGGCCUUGGUGAGAGAAAAAAAACAAGUAUUAUAAAAUUCCUCAUUCUCGCUCAUUUUUUAGCCUCAACCUAAAAAAUUUGCAGCUUUUCCUUGUCCACUUUUUGUGGCUCGCAAAAGGGGUUUCUGAGAAAAUUGUGUUAUGGUGAAGGAGUGGGUAUUGUUUUUGACAUGGGUUGGUGUGGUAUGGUGUGUGGAAGGUGUUGGGCUUGGGGUGAAUUGGGGGACCCAGGCAACACACCCGUUGAGGCCAGACAUGGUGGUGGAGAUGAUGAAGGAGAAUGGGAUUCGGAAGGUGAAGCUGUUUGAUGCAGAUGCGAGUAGCAUGAAUGCACUUGUUGGGUCCGGAAUUGAAGUGAUGGUUGCGAUUCCAAAUAACCAACUUGCUGAAAUGAGUGACUACGUGCGUGCCAGGCAAUGGGUUCAGAGGAAUGUUACUAGUUACCACUACAGAGGCGGAGUUGACAUCAGGUAUGUAGCUGUUGGGAACGAACCAUUUUUGAAAUCCUACAACAAUUCAUUCUUGAAUGUCACCUUUCCAGCACUACGUAACAUUCAAAACGCCCUCAACGAUGCUGGCGUAGGAGACUCUGUGAAGGCCACAGUACCCUUAAACGCUGACGUGUACGAGUCUCCAGUGGACAAUCCUGUUCCAUCAGCAGGAAUAUUCAGGCCUGAUUUAAGCGACCUCAUGACCCAGAUUGUGCAAUUUCUUAACAAGAACAAUGCGCCAUUCACUGUAAACAUCUACCCCUUUUUAAGUCUCUAUGGAAAUGAUAAUUUUCCUUUUGACUUUGCAUUCUUUGAUGGGGUGGCCAAUCCUGUAAAUGACAAUGGAAUUUCAUACACCAAUGUCUUUGAUGCGAAUUUUGACACGUUGAUCUCUGCGUUGAGAGCAUUGGGGUAUGGGGACAUGCCCAUUUUGGUGGGAGAAGUAGGGUGGCCCACAGAUGGGGACAAGAAUGCAAAUCUAGGCAAUGCUUUAAGGUUCUACAAUGGGCUUCUACCAAGGCUUGCAGCAAAUAGAGGCACCCCUCGUAGACCUGGAAACAUCCAAGUUUAUCUGUUUGGACUCAUUGAUGAAGAUGCCAAGACCAUUGCUCCAGGAAACUUUGAGCGCCACUGGGGAAUUUUCAGGUAUGAUGGGCAGCCCAAGUUCCCAUUGGAUCUUUCAGGUCAAGGUAAAAACCAGUUUCUAGUUGGCGCAAGGAAUGUGUACUACCUUGAUCCAAAAUGGUGCAUGUUUAAUCCAGAAGCCGCGGAUCUAAGCAAGCUUGCAGAAAACAUAAACUAUGCUUGCACAUUUGGAGAUUGCACUGGACUGGGAUAUGGGUCUUCUUGCAACAACCUAGAUGCUAAUGGGAAUGCUUCAUAUGCAUUUAACAUGUAUUAUCAGGUGCAAAAUCAGAAUGACAUGGCCUGCAAUUUUGAAGGUUUGGCCAAGGUUACAACAAACAAUAUCUCAACACCUACUUGCAAUUUUGUUAUUCAGAUCAAUCCAUCAUCAUCCUCUCCUCUGAGACCCUCACUAGUGGCUUUCUUAGAUUUUACACUAUACAUGAUUCUCUUUUUAUAGGUUCUUCUUGAACGAAGAUUUAGUUUAGGAUUUAAUUUUAUAUACUUGAAUAUCACAUCAUAGCUUGAUGGUAAUGUAUGCUUUGUAAUAAGGGCCAGAGUUUGCUCUUUUGUGCAAUUUGACUACUGAAUUUGAUGCCAAGAUCAAGUUUUUAGUCCUCA